AUGACAAAAACUCCUGAUUUCAACGAAUACUGGGAGGACCUGAACAAUGUAAAAGGAUAUAAAACUCUUGAAAAGGGUUAUAGAAUGUCUAUAUCGGUUAAACUGAUAUUUAAAUUCAGAUUUUAUGGCAAUAUCAUAACCGAGAUCAUGAUAUCCACCGGAGGAUUUUUAAACAUGGGGCUAUUUAAAUAUGCAAAUCUCACAGCAACACAGUAUAUUGCGCCACUGACGGCAAACUUUGAUCCCACUGUUAAUGAGGAUUCAAAAAUUCUGUAUAAUGAUUUUGGUGAUAGGUUUGUAAUGGAAUGGCAAAAUGUUUAUCUCCACGACAGAAAUGACAGUAAGGUCAUACUGUGCACGGUUAUCAUGUUGAGGAUAACUCUUCCAGAUUUGUAA